CCAGAUUUACGUUCUCUGCUUCCCUGCAACAACGACAGCUUCUUGUCUUCGUUGUUGUCCAAAGAGGGCGGUUUCUUGUCCUUAUAACUACCAGUUCUAGCCCCUUCUGAGCAGACAGGGAACCUUUAUAUGCAAAACAGUACAACGUAUUUCUUGAUCGGCUCCUUGAUCCCCUCCCAUGUCUUGUCGUCAGGCGGGUAGCCGAACUCAUCGGCGGGCCCGGAACCGUCUGCUAUGGCCGUCUUGAGAAUCCUUUCGAUUUCGGCAAACUUAGCGCUUUUUUUUGCACAGGUGGUCAAAUGACAUCAAAAAAUCGGUCGGUUCUCGAGUGGCGUUCGCGACAAGACCCUCCUUCAGCAAUGGAUCCAGGAUAUAUAGUUUUUGAUGGAGUCCGUGAGAUCUUUUGGGAUCAUAGUUUUGGGGUUCUUUAGGUUCCAUCCGGAAACGAAACACCGGAAGUAGUUCCGCACGGUCUGAGCAGCCCCGAUAGAGCUAUAUCCACCAGUGCCGCCAUCACCAACAGCGUUCUCACGACUCACACCGCUGCUGCCUGUCCAACCGUGACAGAUGUCAGAGACGCGCGAGCUUUGCACUACCUGUCCCGUGCCGCUCUGCUUGUUCUUAUCCACUGUCAGUCAGUCGUUUGGGUGCCCGACACCGAUCCCAGCAGUUCAAUUGGACUUCCCUUGCUCGCCAAGCUGCAGUGGCCUCACCGGAAGAAUCUGGUGCUCUGCUAGCUAGGUAUGAUGCCGUAACGGCGUCCGACUGUCCUGGCUCGAGAAAUGUUGCUGGGAGGGCGAGGGUGCCAC